UAAGGCGGGGGGGGAAAGGGUGAACAACGGAGAAGGGCUAAUAGUUGAAGAGAAAGCUAGAAAGGGGAUAAUAGAAAUGGAGAGGGAGAGACUCAAUUCUAGACACUGGAGACCGACACAAUGAGAGAUACAGCAACGGAGAGAGAAAGACAGAUGGUGGGAAGAAACAGAUGGAGGGAGAGAGAGAGAUGAGAAAGACGGAGUAAAAGAGAAAUUGAGAGGCAGGGAGGGAGAAAGACAGUAGGAGGCAGGCGGAGAGAGAGGAAGAGGCUGAGAGGGAGUGACAGAGGUCAGAUAGGAAAAGAGUGUAUCAAAAUAAAGAGUUAAGGAAAUUCUCAGCAGGUGCAGCAGCGUCUGUGGAAGGUGACCACUGCUGGGUCAAGACAGAGAGUGUUUUGAGUGGAAAGUAAAACCGGAGAUCACAAUGUUGGGAGUGUGGACGCAGUAGCUUUAAUUGAGGCGAAGUGUCACAUGGCCUGUAUAUGGGCUCUGGAGCAGAAACAGGCAGUCAGAGAGAGAGAAAGAGAACACACGCACAGACAGAACAGCAUCUGGUAACAUCUGAAGCCAGGCAUCAAGAACAGUAAGGUCAUGUCACUCAACAGCCAGAGAUGAAGGAAGCCAGCGGGGGAUUUGAUCUGCAAGGCCGAAGAUACUUGAUGUGACACUGUGACUGAAAGCACCUUUAUGCUCCCUUAACCAUUGACCUGUUGACCUUUGCAACAGCCUCACUGCUCCGUGUCACUUCCCCUGCCCCCUGUAAUGGCCUGAGCCUUUUCAGAGAUUUGGUGCUGUUUGGGAUGAAGAGAGCAGCCGUUUUGAGGAUGUGAGGGCCCUAUGUGGAGUCCUCCGAUUGAGUUUUGGUGCAAGGGGAAGAGAUGUUCAUCUUCUUUCCCCACCUAACCAGGGCUCGUGCCUGGCGAUCUCGGCCACUCUCAAGCCAGUAACACACACCUGCAACGCGUGGGUGCUGUUGUCCUGUGAGCAAGGAGCUGCAAGGGACUUUAAGGGGCACGGGACAUGCAGUCGGACGAUUUUUUCUACAGGAAGUUCAAGAGGAACAACCCACGGCCUUUGCUGUCGGCAGUGAGCUUUGAACCCAAGACACCCAGGUCAACUCCGGAGCCUGCUGGGACGACAGUGCGGGCCAGGAUCUCCGAAUGGCCGCCCCGGCGAGAGUCGCUGGAGGAUGGGGCUGCGAGGAAUCACGGCUGUGAGGAGAAAGGGGCCUCUCGACCCCUCGACGAGGCCGCUGGCUCCAAGGGCAACGCGAAGGAGCUGGCGGCCAAGAUGACCGCGCAGGGACGUAACCCAGUCAUCCAGCGCAGCAACAGUGAGGUGACCAUCACCGACAGCGGCUGUGGCCAGGGCUCAGACCAGCGGGUUGUUCACCCCUGCACUGGGGCAGCCCUCCACCGGGACUACGGCAGUGCCUCUUCCAUUGAGCGUCAGCAGUCGCGGGACGGGGAGGGUGAUGCCAAUAGGCCAGGGUCGGAGGUCGCCAGCGCCGCUCGCUUCCACGACCCCUACCUGCUGCUGGGUCUGAGGGAGACCCCUGGUGCCGAAGAGAAAGCAGCAAAGGGCAGGCCCAAUGUGGCGGCCGAGCCACCCGCUGAGGCCUCAGUGUUCCGAAAGCUCAAGACCCAGAGAAGUGACCCAGAGAGCCCGAGGUCACCGCCCCCAGUGUCGGCCCUGGUGCCAGGCCCUAACGACUCUUGCCAACCCUGGACCAGUGCCAAGAACGUGGUCCACUACGACGUGCAGAGCAUCCUGUUUGACCUGCACCAGGCUGUCUCCAACCGCGACAGCACCGGGCGGCGCAAAAACAUCAUCACUGGAGCCUCUGCCGCUUCCCAGCUGCCGGCGCAGCCUACCUCUCCCAGCAACAGUGGCAGCACUGAGGAGCUUCACCAGCUGCCGGCAAAAUGGGUCGUGCCGGCAGUGGCCGGGGCUGGCACCGGAGGAGAUCUGGGUGAUGACGAGGACACCCAGCUGGUCCUCAGCUGCCCGCAUUUCCGCAACGAGGUGGGUGGCGAGGUGGAGCCGCGGAAUGCCAGCCAGUGCCCCAAUGCUGCUGUGUCGGUACUGGAGGAACCCCGGGAGAGCUAUCUGGCCCGGCAAGGGACCGCUGCUUACUUCAUCGAGCAUGCAGACCUGGGCGCCAACUAUUACCGGAAGUAUUUCAGCGGCAAAGAACAUCAGAACUUCUUUGGAACAGACGAGACCCUUGGGCCAGUGGCAGUGAGCCUGAGGCGGGAAGAAAAAGACAAGGAUGCAGGGAGCAGCUCGCAGUACUACUACAGGAUUAUUAUCAGGACAACGGAGCUGCGGACCCUCCGUGCGUCGAUCCUGGAGGAAUCGUUUCCCUCAUCCAUCCGUCACGGCGCGCAGAGGGGGAUUCCGCCAAAGAAACUUCUGGAGUAUGUGGUGCCGGGGCUGAACGUCCAGUGUCUUCGAUUGGCAUCUAACUCCCCCAAAGUGCCGGAAAUGCUGCUGAAGUUGGACGAACAAGGGCUAUCCUUCCAGCGCAAAGUGGGGAUCAUGUACUGUAAAGCAGGACAGAGCACAGAGGAAGAGAUGUACAACAAUGAAACCGCUGGUCCGGCCUUUGAUGAGUUCCUUGACCUCCUGGGCCAGAGGGUGAAACUGAAGGGCUUUGAGAAAUAUCGAGCUCAGCUGGACAACAAGACGGACUCCACAGGUACUCAUUCGCUCUACACCACGUACCAGGAGUAUGAGAUUAUGUUCCACGUCUCAACUAUGCUUCCAUACACUGCCAACAAUAGCCAGCAGCUUUUAAGAAAGCGUCACAUUGGCAACGAUAUAGUCACCAUCGUCUUCCAGGAGCCCAAAGCUGGCCCGUUCACACCAAAAACCAUCCGAUCGCACUUCCAACAUGUCUUCCUAGUGGUACAAGUUCACAAUCCCUGCACCGAGGAAGUGUCAUACAGUGUUGCGGUCACCCGAUCGAAGGAUAUUCCUGAGUUUGGGCCCUUUUUCCAGAAGGGGGUGACCUUCCCUAAAUCGGCCAACUUCCGGGAUUUUUUGCUUGCCAAAGUGGUCAAUGCUGAGAACGCGGCGGAGAAGUCAGAAAAGUUCCAUGCCAUGGCCACUAGAACGCGGCAGGAAUACCUCAAGGACCUAGCGGACAACUAUGUCACCACAGCAACCCUGGACUCUUCCUCAUCCAAAUUGGCAGCCAUCAUCUCGCUGCCUACCAAGAAGAAGGAGAAGUUGAAGUUGAACCGAGCCCCCGAGAUGCACAGUGCCGGCGCUCUGGUCUGGAGUGUUACUGCCCGCAUGACGCAUACCCCUGAGGAAGCUGAGUGCGUCCUGGGAAUCUCCAAUGAGUUUGUUGUGCUGCUUGAUCAGAAGUUGCGAAUGGUUGUGUGGAAUUGCUCCUGCCGGGAUGUGAUUGGUUGGACCUUAUCUCCUGGGACCAUUAUAAUUUAUUACGAGCGAGGAGAAUUCGUGAUGGUUAAGACUUUGGAAAGCCAGCCAGAUGACAUCACUGAAAUUGUUCAACGGCUGGAGGUCGUAACCACAGGAUGUGAAACUGAAGAUCUUGUCCUCCUCAGGAACAGUGUCCACCAUCUGGGCUUUCAAACCAACGGAGAAGGAAUUGUGACCCAGGUGGAGAAGAAAGGCUAUGCUGAUCUGAAGGGCCUGAAGCUUUACAGCCGGUUGGUCAGGAUCUGCGAGAUUCCGGUGGUGUCCCUGUCCUACAAGGAGAGGGCUGAGUAUCUGAGGAAAGCCAACAGCGUGAGGAUAACCGUCAUCCCACCUGACAGCAAGGGCAAGCCGAGAAUGAGUUUUUCUGAGCUGUACCGAAAGUCAAUCGAGGAGACUGAGCGAAAGGGAGAAAGAGUGACAGACACAGGCCUGGGGUCUCCUUGCUUGCGAAUCCUAAGGAUGUCCUCACUCCAGGAAACCCGCAACAUCAGUUCAGAGGGGGACCAGUGCCUGACAAUGCGUAGCUGCUCUCUGGAGAAGACAUCGGCCCAAAGCCAGAGGACUAAGGAAGAUGCUGACUUCAGUUCCCUAAAGAUAUCACCCCCUGAUCUCAUCUUGGCUGCAAACUCUCAGCACCUGCUGCCUUCUGGAAACCUGGAGCCAGAUGCAGGUGAUGCCCAGGCUGCUACUCUCCAAAACUCUUUUUCUGGGACCAACUCUGCAGGGAUUUUCUCUUCGAGUGGCUCCGAUCCUGACCUCCAGGACUCCCAACAGGCCCAUCUGACCGAAUCCAUGUUGAGCAGCUCACCCGCUGGUGCCAACCAAAACUUGCCAUCUUGCCUCCAACUGGACGAUACUGCGACCUCUGAUAACUCUAACACUGAGUGGCAGUCACUGGCAGACAUAGCUUCAUACUGUGAUAGCCUGGUACAGUCCCUUUCCCUGGAAGAUGAGAGCACAGCGGAGCUAUCCAGAGCUGAUAACAGGGUUGACUUCACGGAAGCAGGCAGAUCAAGCCAAUCUCCAACAGGCCUCAAUGAGAAAGUGGUUCAUUUGGAAGCUAUUGUGAAGCAGCUGAAUGAGAAGCUGAUUAAGGAGCAAGAGGACAAGGCUUUGCUGGAGACUGAGGUGGAGCAGCUGCGGCAGAAUAACCAGCGUCUUCAUCUGGAGUCACAGACCACGGUGUGCCACCUCUUAAAAGUAACUGAAUUACUGUGCCGUACCGCCCCAAAGCCUUCCUAACGUGCAUUAAGUAGGAGGGAGUGAGAAUUCGCUGGUUCGCUGUGCCCGAGUGGGACCCGCCUCUCAGUGGCGAGAAGGGCCAGGCAAUUGUAUCUGGCGCUGACUCGUUUUGUUUCUGGAAUCUUCCGGCACUGGGCUGCUGCUCUGUCAGAGUUCCAUAUUUUUUUUUGUGUUGUGUCAUUCUUUCUACUGUGGUUUAGUGCUUCUAGCAUCAUUACACUGACAGCAUGUUCUGUACAUACAUUGUUCAGGGAGUACUCUUAUUGUCUCCUUCAGUACUUUGCUAAAUUUGGGAACAUUUUCGCAGUCACUGCAUGGGACAGGAGUUGGCUGUUUGGUCUAGCUGGUCUAUGCUCCUCACGAGCCUCCUCCCAUGCGUUUCCCCCAUUUCCACCUCACCCUGUCAGCAUUGCCUUGGCAGCUUGAUUAACUGACAUUUCUCUUAAUAAUUACAAAAUAUGACUUUUUAAAGUUUUACAGACUCUAACCAGAGAACAUGGGGCUUGUUUCAUCUUACCCCCCUGCCACCCACCACCACCACUGCCUGUGCUUUGCUGCAUGCUGUAGUUUGGUUGUGGUGGGGGUGGAGUGAUAGCACAUGGAACCAGCAUGUGGUUAGCAUGUGCGCCAUCUGCUGUUUGGCUGUGUGCAGAAAGCGUGCAAUUCAAUACGGCAGAAGGGAUGCAGAGAUGCUGAUUUGACCUCGUCAAUGAAUCCAUGCUUUCCAGCCUCUCAGCCCUCCUGUGGCCAGGAAAUGAAAGGCAGUGAAUGUCAACAUUCACAAGGUGAUCAGCCUGGUGUAGACCCUUCCAAAAGGAGCUGAAUUUUCCUUAGGACUUAUUCUGCAUCACGUCAAGUCAAAAAUACCUUGAGUUUUCCCGUAGCUUAUGUAAUACAUUCCAAAGCCAAAUAGAAAAAUCUUCAAAUAAAUAAUAAGGUGUUAACAUGU